AUGGAAAACGCCGAACAAUUCAAUCAAUCUAUUACUAAUCACCAACCAUAUGAUGGAUCUAUGUUCGGAUCAACAGAUGUCACAGAUAACGAGCCAUUACCAGAAAUAUAUAAAUGUUCAUUACAAGCUCGUAUUUUUACAUCUACUCAUUCAACUUUUAAAUCAAUUGAGUCAACAUAUUUACGUGUACUUAUAGGACCAGGCAUAUUACUUAAUUUACUUUGUCUAUUUAUACUUUCUCGAUCAAAAUUAUCAAAUAAAUCAACUACGAUUCUAUUUUUACGUGUUCUUGCUCUUUUUGAUAUACUAUCAAUUGUACUUAAAUACAUUCGAGCAGAAAUGAAUUAUCAAUCACUAGAAAAAGGUCAUGAGAUAUUUUUAUUAAUUCCAUCAGUUUGUAAAGCAUUAUAUGUAUUAAUGAAUGCAUGCAUUUCAAUUGGUAUGUGGACAGUUGUUUUUAUGAGCUUAGAUAAAGCUGUCGCUGUUAGUUAUCCACUUAAAUCACGUCUUAUUACAGCUGCUAAUAUUGUUAUUGCAGUUGUAUUACGUCGUACUUCACAAAAUUGGCGAAUAUCUGAAUAUUCAAACAAACAAGAAUCUGAUUCAAGUUUUUCUAAAACAAAUUUAUCAAAACUAUCACUUGGUCGACGUGGUUCCUGUAGUUCAACAAAUAUAGCAGCCGAAGCAAUAUUAGCUACAAAACGACGUACAAAUGCACAAGUUACACGUAUGCUUUUAGCUGUUACAUUAUCAUUAAUUAUAUUUAAUAUUCCUAAUACAAUAUUUUUUGUUAUCAUUAAAAUUUAUAUUGCACGAAAAGUAGUAUUUUCUCUUCAAUGUUUAGACGUUACCAAUGGUGAUAUAACAUUAUAUCACUGUCAAUUUUAUUUAAGUGUUAUACAAAAUAUAUUGUCGGAUUUACCUCAUGUGGUUAAUUUUUUCUUAUAUUGUUUAGCUGGGAAAAAAUUUCGAAGUAUAUUCAUAAAUGAAUUUCAUCAAUUACUUGUUGAUUUUCAUUUAAUUAAACAAAGAGAAAGAUAUCAUACAUAUGACGCAUCUAUUUUGAAUCCUGAUUUAACACCAGAUACAGGCUAUAGUCAUAAUUUAGGACAUGGAUCAUCAAAAAAUUCUCUAUCAAAAUUAUGA